AGCUCCACAGCCCCACCAUCACCUGUCUCAGGAACUUGAGGAAGAGUCUGCCAGCAUGGAAUCCAAACUCUGACCAGAAAACCGAUGGUCUCACCAGCUGGGAGCUUCCUCUACACUGUUCCUCCUCACCGUCAGAACUAUCAGAGGACCCUGCUAACAAAAGCUCUCACUGUAAAAGGCGAAGAUGGGGACAGAUUUGAGCUACAACUUCGUCUUCAAAGUGGUACUAAUUGGGGAAUCUGGGGUUGGAAAGAGCAACCUGCUGUCCCGAUUCACCAAAAAUGAGUUCAAUCAUGACAGCCGCACGACCAUCGGAGUGGAGUUCAGUACGAGGAGCAUUCAAGUGGACACACUGACCAUCAAAGCUCAGAUCUGGGACACAGCAGGACUGGAGCGCUACCGGGCCAUCACCUCAGCGUAUUACAGAGGGGCAGUUGGAGCUCUCCUGGUUUAUGACGUCACCAAACACCUGACAUAUGAGAAUGUAGAGCGUUGGCUGAAGGAACUGUAUGACCAUGCAGAUCCACACAUAGUGGUCAUGCUGGUGGGCAAUAAGAGUGACCUGGCUGCCCAACGCACUGUACCAACAGAGGAAGCAAAAAGCUAUGCAGAGGAUAAAGGUCUGCUGUUCAUGGAGACUUCAGCACUCGAAUCAACCAACGUGGAAAGCGCCUUCCUCGAGGUCCUAACAGCAAUCCAUAAGAAAGUGGCGAGUAGAGAAGUGACCCGCGGCUCUAUCAGCGCGGUGACCCUGGGGCAGACGAUCCCGACCAGCGAGGUGAACGAAAACCGCAAACCCUGCUGUAAAAACUAGUGAGGGGCACAGAGACGCUGCCUGUACGGGACGGAAGACAAACCCUCCAACAGAACCAUCAACAGCUUUAAAGGAGAAUUCCACUGAUUUUCAAACGUGUUUGCAUAAUUAAAUGGUCAGAACUGUCCACAGUGGUGGU